AUGGCGCGUGCAUCGCUUGCUCUGGUGGCGGUGUUGUUUGCUCAGGCGGUCCUACUUCCUACUAGCGAUGCCGCCUCCCUGUCCUCUUCUGGUUUGAAGUGCAUGUCCUUAUGCCGCUUCCGCAACGACACGGGAACUGUUAUUGAUGGCCACCCCAGCUGCAUCAUCGACCAGUCCAUCUCCCACUUUUGCCCCGUGUGUGUUGGCACUUGGGAUUACGGCAUUUGCCAGGGUCGUUGCUAUGACGUGUGCGAUGCGCCUGAUCGCGAGCGCCGCUGGGGUGUUCUCAAGGACGCGGUGGAGGAUGUGGGUGACUUUUUCAACGAUGUCGGUGACGCGGUGGGUGAUGCCGUUGGUGGUGUCAUUGAUACCAUCAAGGAGGAAUUUGAGGCCCUUCCCGAUCGCCUUCAGAAUCUCGUACUGGACGCUGCCGAGUUUGCCAAGGCUACAUACGCCGACUUGAUUGAAAUUGGCCAGGAAGUGCUGGCCUACCUCAAGAACGUGGCUGUCAUGACUGUUAGUCAGGUCACCCACCUGAUUUCGCGCCUCGUCGAGUUUACCGUGGAUAACCUCCGCGAAUUUCUCAACAACCUGCCUCUGGAUAUUUUCCGCCAAACACUCGAAGAGUUUGGCUGCGAGAAGCGCUGGUCCCCCUCCCAGUUUAGCGUCAUCGCCGACAAGGCUCUGGACGUUGUGGGCCAGAUUGCUGACAUGACCGGCUUUAACAUUGAUUUCUUUGAGGAACUCGGCUCCAUCAUCGUGGGUCUUUCCAAGGGUGACAUCAGUCAGAUUGACGAUCUCGUUUUUAAGACCGUUGUCAUUGGCAUCAGCAUGUUCACCGGCAUGCCCCCGGGUAAGGUGGAGGCCUUUGCCGAAAAGGCCAUUGACGCCUUUGGCGUCGUCAAAGACUGGACCGCUGCCGACUGGCGCUCUGUGGGCGAGGUUGCCGUCGGUCUGGCCAAGGGCGACUUGGAAUCCCUCGAUGACUCGUCUGCUCUCAAUGAGUUGGCCCGCACUACCAUCGGCGCCAACCUCACCCAAAUCACCGCCAUCGCUGCAGCCGGUGUCGACAUUAUCAAGGGCUUUACCGACGGUGACGCUUCGGAAGAGGAUUGGCAGGCGCUGGCUCAGUUUGGCACCGGUCUCGUGGCGGAUCAGAUCCGGGACCUGCCCAUUGAUUCUGCCGCUCUUCAACUUUUAGGCCGUAUUCCUGGCCUGGAUGUCGAACAAGCCCAGGCCCUUCUAGCCAGUGCCAUCGACCUCCUGGGCGACCCCGACGCUUGGAGUAAGGAGGAGUGGACGCGGCUCGGCAACAUUGCACUCGGCCUUACCGCCGACGUCAUCAAGACCAUCGGCAUGGAUGGUCUAGAGAUGCUCGGCAACUUGACCGGCAUUGAUCUCACCCAGGCGCAAGCUGCGCUGGAACGUGCCACCGAGCUGCUGGGUGACCCUACCGCUUGGAGUGCUGACGAAUGGAAAAGGGUCGGUGCCGCAGCCCUGGCUGCCACCAAGGACCUCAUUGAACAGCUGCCCGAAGAAGCCAUUGCCGUCUUGGCCGAGCGCCUGGACCUCGACGAGGCACAGCUGCAAGCCAUCCUGCAGCGCGUGCAAGCCCUGCGAGGCAACCCAGCUGAUUGGACUGCCCAAGAUUUCCGUCUCCUCGGCCAGGCAGCGCUGCAGCUCACCACUUCAGCGCUCGCCAACAUUGAUUCGGAUAGCCUGUAUGCUUUGGCUGACCUUGCGGGCUUCAACGCUGACCAGGUCGACACGCUGCUCGAGGUUGCAGAGAACGUGUUGGGUAACAUGGACGACUGGUCCGAGGACGACUGGGUCACGCUGGGCAACCUUGGCCUUGAAUUUAUCCUUUCCAAAGCGAAUGACCUCACCUCGUCCGAGCUCACAGCUUUGGCCUCCACGGCCCCAAAAUGGUCAUCCAACAUGUUGUUGCAGCUGCGUGGCUCCAUCGUGCGCCUGCAUGGUGCCGUUGCCGGCUUUGACGCUGCGGAUUGGAAGGAUAUUGGCCAGCUGGCCAAGGCUCUGAGCACUGGCGACUUGAGCACGAUCGCUGCUGGGGCCAUCGAACACCUCCGAGAAGCUGCCGCCGAGUAUGCCGAUGAACACACGUGCCCUGCGGUACAGCCAUCAUGCAGCAGCACCAUCACGGUCCCCGUUCUUGAUCUGGAUUUUUGUGCUGAGCAGUGGGCAGCGAUCGGUUCUCGACUGCUUGUUCUCUUUGGGGAGACUGAAACUUGGAAUACGGCGCGAUGGAAGGAGUUGGGUUCACUCCUGCGCGGCUUGUCCCCGGCCGACUUUGGCCAAAUGUCGCUCGAGGCCUUGGACGUGGUGGCAAACAUCACCUGCAUGCCUACGGACCGCCUGGAGUGCAUCGUCAAGCGAGCCAUCAACCUGUUCAACACGGCCAAUGGCGUUCGUGGCUGGACUGCCGCGCAUGUCAAGCGUCUAAACCGUGUGGUGGUCGGCCUCACACCCCUGCACCUCCGCAAUCUGACCACGACCACUUUUGUCGAGGCGGUCGAGUUCCUUGGCUCUCAGAGCCGUUGGAACACGAGCCAGCUCAAUGCGCUCGGUGAUCUGGCCGUCGAGGCCUUUGGUGACCCUGCCAAGUGGGAUGCUGACACUGUUGGCAAACUGGGUUCCAUUUUGGGUGGCGUCACCGAUGCCUCCCUCAAGCUCGUAUCGGAAAAGGCUCUCGAGGCCGUGGGCCGCCCGGCACAGCGCACCCUUUGCUCAGAGAAGCGCAUCCACAUUAUGACCCCUGAACAGUUGGCCGUUAUUGCAACCGAUAUCGACUGCCCCUCUGAAGAGCUUUUGUACACGACCCAGCAAGCCGCCAGCGUAGCCUCGGCCCGCGAUGCUGCGGGUCGCGUCAAGAACGGUGGCGGUUUGAGUGGCGGCGCCAUUGCCGGCAUCAUUAUUGCUGUUCUGAUCGUUUGCUUGGUAGCCGUUGCGCUCGGCGUCGUCUAUCAGCGUCGCCGCCGCCAGGACCGUGUCGCCGUCAGCGUCACCAAGGCCCCCACGGCGCACGACAAGAGCAACCCCAACAUCCGCCCCUAUGCCACCAACAGCGUAUCGACCGCGGAUUCGAUUAAUACGGUGGCCAACAAGUCGUUUGCAGGUGUGCCCCCGCCCAAGCCUACUCGCAAGACCACAGGGCCCUCGCUGCCUCCUACUCUGCCCUCAAGCAAGCCAGUGCCCGAGGCAGUUCCGGUAGCAAACGGGGCUGUCGCUGCUCGCAUUGCUGCCUUCAGCGCCCCUGAGCCCCAGCCCUUGGCCCGCAACCCGGCCCCCGUGGCGGCUGCCCGCCCCCGUCCAGCGGAACGCCCCUCGGUACCCAUCAAGCCCAUCAACACUGGCAAGCCCACUCCACCCCAGCGGCCCGCGUUGCCUGCCAAGCCUCAAGGCCAGUUUCAGAGCCAAAAGCCGGCCCUGCCCAACAAGCCAAAUUUGACCAGCAAGCCUGCCCUGCCGACCAAGCCCAAUCUUGCGAGCAGCAAGCCUGCCCUGCCUGCCAAACCCGCGCUGCCCGCCAAGCCGACGCUCGCAGCUAAGCCCUCGGUACGCCUUAUGCAAACAACCUUACGCAAGCGGCCUGUCCCUUUGCACCUUGCCUCGUCUCAUCUUUCUGUAUCUCGUGCAUGCCCACUUGUGUUGUGGGUGAAUGAUCGGGAUCAUCAGUUCUCUUGGUGUCAGCUGGAGGAUCCCAGCUCCAAGCAACCGUACUACUUCAACCGGGAGACGAACGAGACCACUUGGAACAAGCCCACUGGCUGGGAUGCGGUACGUUAG